AUUUCUGGUUGCGUGGUUGCACCCGUUGAGUCAGAUCACGAUCCGUAAUCUGAUUUGGAGGGAGAAGCAACGAAGAAGAAGAGCUGGAGCCGGUACAGGAGACACAGUCAUUGAAGCCCGGAGGAGGAAACGGCCAGAUUCGAUAUCGAUCUCCAUCGGCUGCCGAACUCUUAGAUGCGCAGCAGCAAGUUCAGAUGGAGAAAGCUCUGAAGAGAAAUAGGCAGCAGGAGUCCUGGCCUGACAAGAUCCAGAAAUGGCGUGGCCCCAUACUAUUGGUUUCGGUCCCUCUCCUGCUCAUCUCCUUUGUUCUCUUUCUCAUGCCCGCCAGUUCCCCUUCAGAUUCCAUCUCCCGCAAGUUCUCACCCGACUUCCUGUCUAAGCGAUAUGCGGUCAUCUUCGAUGCCGGCAGCUCUGGCAGUAGGGUCCACGUGUUCUGCUUCAAUCAGCAGCUCGAUCUGGUUCCAAUGGGCCAAGAUCUUGAGCUUUUUCUGCAGAGAAAACCAGGUCUGAGUGGAUAUGCAAAGGACCCUGAGGCUGCUGCAAAUUCACUCUCAGAUCUCCUUGAAAAAGCACAAGCAGCAGUUCCCAAAGAGCUGCGGUACAACACGCCGGUCAGAGUUGGGGCUACUGCUGGGCUAAGGCAAUUGGAAGGCGAUACAUCGGAUAGAAUAUUACAAGCAGUGAGGGACUUUUUGAAAAAUAAAAGCUCCCUUAAGUCCCAGGCUGACUGGGUCACAGUUCUGGAUGGAAAUCAGGAAGGUGCUUAUCAAUGGGUUACCAUUAACUAUCUGUUAGGAAAUUUGGGGAAGAAAUACUCUAGUACUGUUGGAGUGGUCGAUCUUGGGGGUGGUUCUGUGCAGAUGGCAUAUGCCAUCUCAGAGUCAGAUGCUGCAAAAGCUCCAAUGUUAUCAGAUGGAGAGGACUCUUAUGUGCAGCAAAUGUAUCUCAAGGGAAGAAAAUAUCAUCUCUACGUUCACAGUUACCUGCACUAUGGUUUACUGGCUGCUCGAGCUGAGAUUUUGAAGGUUGAUCAAGAAGAUGAUAAUCCAUGUAUAUUGGCGGGAUAUAAUGGUUCUUACAAGUAUGGCCAAGCAGUUUAUAGGGCUUCAGCUCUACCAUCUGGUUCCAGCCUGAGCAAAUGUAGAGAAGUAGCUAUCAAGGCUCUGAAAAUCAAUGAAUCAUCAUGCACCCACAUGAAAUGUACGUUUGGGGACGUGUGGAAUGGUGGGGGAGGGGAUGGCCAGAAGAAUUUGUUUGUUGCUUCAUUUUUCUUUGAUAGAGCUGCUGAGGCCGGAUUUAUUGACCCAAACUUGGCUGUUGCAAAAGUUCAUCCAGCUGAUUUUGAGGAUGCAGCCAAACGGGCUUGUCAAACUAGUCUCGAGGAUGGCAGUUCUGCAUUUCCUCAUGUGGAACCAGAAAACCUGCCAUACUUGUGCAUGGACCUUGUAUACCAAUUUACAUUGCUUGUUGACGGCUUUGGUCUUGAUCCGUGGCAAGAGAUUACUUUGGUGAAAAAGGUCAAAUAUCAAAAUUCUUUGGUUGAAGCUGCAUGGCCAUUGGGCAGUGCAAUUGAGGUUGUGUCAUCUAUGGUCUAACCCUAAUAUUUUAGGGUGUGCGCCCAGCACCUGCUGUUGAGCCACCAGUGCAUUGUCUACACUCUUCUAUUGGUCAUGAGUAUAGCUUUGAAAGUGAACGUGGCCAUGAAGGUCUAGCACAGAUUUCUCCUGCUUCAUCUUAAAUGGAGUUUGGUUUACAAAUAAAGAUUUGAAGCUAACUUAGGAUAUAGUUUAAGCAAAGAUGAUAUAUCAUCAGUUACAAAAAUUGUACUCCUGGUAAGUUUAAGUUUAUCAUUUUUUGCCAUGAUGUUGAAGGCACCAAACUCCUAUAUGAGCUUAGUAUUUUGCAGUGUUUAAAGUAGCUUGAAUGUCUGGACAAGGAUGGAUGUACGCAGUUAAGCGGACAUCCUUGCUGUCGUAGUCUUCAUUUCAACGGAGAAUAAUAAUGUUUCCGUAUUAGAUAUUUUUGCUAGAGUAAUGCCAAUGUUCCAAAUUUAAUUGACCGUUUA